GGGCGGGCGGGAAGCCGGGCGUCCGUCGUCGGGUGACGCGGGCCGUCGCCCCACCCGCCGGCAGCCACUCCCCGGCGGCGUCGCCGAGCUCGAGAGCGACACGUGACGCGGCCGGGGCCAGUCACGUGAGGCGGGCGUCCUGGGUGGGAGGGGGCGGCCCGCGGAGGGGGUCCGGCGCGGCGGCGGCGGCGGCGGCGGCGGAAGAUGGCGGGGUGCCGGGGGUCCCUGUGCUGCUGCUGCUGCGGGGAGCGGGAGAGCCGCACCCCCGAGGAGCUGACGAUCCUUGGAGAGACACAGGAAGAAGAAGAUGAGAUUCUUCCAAGGAAAGACUAUGAGAGCUUGGACUAUGACCGCUGUAUCAAUGACCCUUACCUGGAAGUGCUGGAGACCAUGGACAAUAAGAAGGGCCGCAGGUACGAGGCGGUGAAGUGGCUGGUGGUGUUGGCCAUCGGAGUCUGCACCGGGCUGGUGGGUCUCUUCGUGGACUUCUUCGCGCGUCUCUUCACGCAGCUCAAGUUUGGAGUGGUGACGACGUCCGUGGAGGAGUGUAGCCAGAAGGGCUGCCUCGCCCUGUCCCUCCUCGAGCUCUUGGGCUUCAACCUGACCUUCGUCUUCCUGGCCAGCAUCCUUGUCCUCAUUGAGCCCGUGGCAGCAGGCUCCGGGAUACCAGAGAUCAAGUGCUACCUGAACGGCGUGAAGGUGCCCGGGAUCGUGCGGCUCCGAACUCUGCUCUGCAAGGUCUUCGGGGUGCUGUUCAGCGUGGCCGGAGGACUCUUUGUGGGAAAGGAAGGCCCCAUGAUUCACAGCGGAGCGGUACUGGGCGCCGGCCUGCCACAGUUCCAGAGCAUCUCUCUCCGGAAGAUCCAGUUCAACUUCCCCUAUUUCCGAAGUGACAGAGACAAGCGGGACUUUGUAUCAGCAGGGGCGGCUGCUGGCGUCGCUGCGGCUUUCGGGGCUCCCAUUGGGGGUACCUUGUUCAGUCUGGAGGAGGGCUCGUCCUUCUGGAACCAAGGGCUCACGUGGAAAGUGCUCUUCUGCUCCAUGGCCGCCACCUUCACGCUCAACUUCUUUCGUUCUGGGAUCCAGUUCAGAAGCUGGGGUUCCUUCCAGCUCCCCGGCCUGCUGAACUUCGGCGAGUUUAAGUGCUCUGACUCUGAUAAAAAAUGUCAUCUCUGGACAGCUAUGGAUUUGGGGUUCUUCGUCAUGAUGGGGGUCAUCGGGGGCCUCCUGGGAGCCACGUUCAACUGUCUGAACAAGAGGCUUGCGAAGUACCGUAUGCGGAAUGUGCACCCGAAACCUAAGCUCGUCAGAGUCCUCGAGGGCCUCCUGGUGGCGCUGGUGACCACCGUGGUGGUGUUUGUGGCCUCGAUGGUGCUGGGGGAAUGUCGGCCGCUCUCUGCGGCCCAGCUCGGGAACGGCUCACUCCAGCUCCAGGGUGCCUCGGAUGUGAAUUCCAGCAUCAAGACUUUCUUCUGCCCCAACGAGACCUACAACGACAUGGCCACCCUCUUCUUCAACCCGCAGGAGUCUGCCAUCCUCCAGCUCUUCCACCAGGACGGUACCUUUAGCCCCAUCACGCUGGCCCUGUUCUUCGUCCUCUACUUCUUGCUUGCGUGCUGGACUUACGGCGUGUCCGUGCCAAGUGGCCUUUUUGUGCCUUCUUUGCUAUGUGGCGCUGCUUUUGGACGUUUGGUGGCCAAUAUCCUGAAAAGCUACAUCGGACUGGGCCACAUCUACUCGGGGACUUUUGCCCUGAUUGGGGCCGCGGCGUUCCUGGGCGGGGUCGUGCGCAUGACCAUCAGCCUCACCGUCAUCCUGAUCGAGUCCACCAACGAGAUCACUUACGGGCUGCCCAUCAUGGUCACCCUGAUGGUGGCCAAGUGGACAGGGGACUUCUUUAAUAAGGGCAUCUACGGCGUCCACGUGGACCUGCGUGGGGUCCCCCUGCUGGAGUGGGAGACGGAGGUGGAGAUGGACAAACUGAGAGCCAGCGACAUCAUGGAGCCCAACCUGACCUACGUGUACCCACACACGCGCAUCCAGUCACUGGUCAGCAUCCUGCGCACCACCGUCCACCACGCCUUCCCCGUGGUCACCGAGAACCGCGGCAACGAGAAGGAGUUCAUGAAGGGCAACCAGCUCAUCAGCAACAACAUCAGGUUCAAGAAGUCCAGUAUCCUGACGCGCGCCUGUGAGCAGCGCCGGCGGAGCCAGUCCAUGAAGUCGUACCCGUCGAGCGAGCUGCGGAACGUGUGUGACGAGCACGUGCCGGCCGAGGGCCCAUCCGAGAAGGAGGACCUCCUGCAGCAGAUGCUGGAGCGCAGGUACACCCCCUACCCCAACCUGUACCCCGACCAGUCCCCGAGCGAAGACUGGACCAUGGAGGAGCGCUUCCGCCCGCUCACCUUCCACGGCCUGGUCCUGCGCUCCCAGCUCGUCACUCUGCUCGUCCGCGGGGUCUGCUACUCUGAGAGCCAGUCAAGCGCCAGCCAGCCACGCCUGUCCUACGCCGAGAUGGCCGAGGACUACCCGCGCUACCCCGACAUCCACGACCUGGACCUCACGCUGCUCAACCCGCGGAUGAUCGUGGACGUCACCCCGUACAUGAACCCGUCGCCCUUCACCAUUUCCCCUAACGCGCACGUGUCCCAGGUUUUCAACCUCUUCAGAACCAUGGGCCUGCGGCACUUGCCCGUGGUGAACGCCGUGGGAGAGAUCGUGGGCAUCAUCACCCGGCACAACCUCACCUACGAGUUCCUGCACGCGCGCCUGCGCCAGCACUACCAGACCAUGUGACAGCGCCGCUCGCCCUACUGCCGGCCCGGGAGGCACCGCGGGGACACGGGGGCCCGGGGGCGGCUCUUGGCCCCUGGGAGUUGGCACUUGUCUGCCUGUCUCGGCACGAAUCAUCCCCCGCCUGCUCC